UUUUCCCUCUCAAUGUGCGGUAUCUUACUACAGUUCCAAGUCAAUACCAAAGUUCCAGACCAGUCUUAUUCAUUUAAGUCUACAGAUGAAUUUCAAACGGGCUCUUUCUCUCCAAUAUUUGAUCAAUUAGUCCCAAAGAUCUUCAACAGAGGCCCAGACAGCUCAAAUGUGCUAGUCACAGAUAAUAUCUGUUUUUACUCAUCAGUUCUAUCUCUGAGAUCACCGUUCACACCUCAGCCUAUCCAUGAUGAUCGGUUUGUUAUCCAGUUUAAUGGUGAGCUUUAUAAUGAACAGAUCGGGGGAAAUGAUACUCGGUACAUAAGGCAGUUAUUAUCGAGCAACACGGUGGAAGACACUAUACAUCUAUUAGAUGGUGAGUUUGCAUUCACCGUAUACGACAAGCACAGUGGUUGUGUAUAUUUUGGAAGGGACCCGAUCGGUAAGAGAAGUCUUGUCUACAAAGUGGAUGAAGAAGGGUUAACCAUAUCCAGUGUGAAUCCCUUAGCUGAAAGGGAUCAGUUUAAAGAUUGUUUGAACGGUGCCAUCUACAAAUACCAAUUGCAUACAAACACUCUGGAGAUUGACCCUAGUAUCAUGACUGUUGUCAUCAAUGACAAAACAGAUCACAACAUGGCUCAUCUUGAACAGCGAUUGGAUUCUCUAUCACAUGUAUUGACCAAAUCAGUGGAACAACGUAUUAGAACGAUUCAACCUUUACACAUAGUGGAUGAUCACGAUGCACUCUUUUCGAUCUUGUUCUCUGGUGGAUUGGACUGUACCGUUAUUGCCGGUCUCUGUGCACAGUUUUCAGCGGAUUCAACAACUAUAGACUUGCUUAACGUGGCAUUUGAUAACCCAAGAACGGGGUUGUUUGCGAAGGAUGCCCCUGAUAGACAACUGGCACUCAACAGUUGGAAAUGUUUGCAGUUAAAAUUUCCCAAUAUCUCUUUCAAUCUCAUAACCAUCGAUGUGCCCUUUGAAGUUUAUUCAUCCCUAAGACCCAGAGUCAUUGAACUUAUGUACCCAAAAAACACAGAGAUGGACUUGUCAAUUGCUAUUGCCUUUUAUUUUGCAUCGAGGGGUCAAGGUCAGAGAUUGCGACUCGAGAAUGGAACGAUAGUUAACCAUGGUGAUCACCAGUCUCGUGCGAAGGUGUUGUUGAGUGGACUUGGAGCAGAUGAACUCUACGGUGGUUAUCAUAAAUUUGCAAAUAAGGACUUGGAAACGUUAGUUCCAGAACUACAGAGGCAGAUAAACAACAUCCAUGAGAGAAAUUUACAGAGGGAUGAUAAAGUCAUCGCAGAUAACGGAGUUGAAGUUAGAUAUCCAUUUCUAAGUGAACAGGUCAUUGAAUUCAGCACAAACGGUAUAGAGAUCAACUAUAAGGUAUCGAAAUUCAUCUUGAGACAGUUAGCACUGAGGCUAGGGUUAGAAUUUGUUAGUGAAGAACCCAAGAGAGCGAUCCAGUUCGGUGCAAAGAGUGCUAAAAUUACAAAAGAUAGUAAGAAGAAAGGCACUGACGUUUUGUAGUAAUAAUUAUAUAAUUGAGAAAUUAUAAUAUAAUAUUAUGAGAAAUUUCAUACCCCGAG